AUGCAAGGAGGAAUCGAGGGCGCAGGCAUCGCGUAUGCCCUUGUGCGCGAGUAUCUGAAGCUGAACGGUUGUCACCGUGCUCUCGACGCGUUCAUGGAGGAGCAGCAGGCGCCCGCCCACAGUAUCACUAGUCGGAACAAGUUGCGCGAGCUGACGGGUGUCAUGGACCUCGCGAAGGGUUGGAAACGAGACCACCCUGGAACCAGCAGUGCCGAGGUGCCCUCCUGCCUGAACCUCUGGUGCGACGGUCUGGCUCGGAACCUUGGCGGUUCGGGAUCGCAGCGUCAGUCCACCGGACCUGUACGCAGCGGACACUCUCGUCAUCACGGCCACGAGCAACGACAGGCCUCCACCGCGGAGCUGCAGCACACCAACAUCGUCCACCGUGCAAGCGGGCGCGCGACUGGCAGCCGGAUGAGUCGGGACGCGCUCGAGGAGCUAACGUUGAGGUUGGGCCAGAGUACUAUCAGCGGUGCACCGCAAGCCCCGCAAGGCCGCACAGCGACAAAGACGCGAAACACAUGGAAGGAUGUCGAGCUCGCCGCCCAACCUGCGACGAGGGACGAACACCCAGCAGCCGGGAGCUUCAUCAAGCCAGCGCUGCGCGCAGAAGCUGCGAACGUCGUCCGGAAGGCGGACGUGCCCGUUGGUCGGGGUUCCACGAUGGACGUGCGCCCUGACAGCGAGGCGGCCCCCGGCGACGGGUUCGGCGAGAUGAUUCUGGAAGAUUUCGAGGACAGCAGGUCCACGCUCCCGAGCAGCAUGGCUGUCAGGUACCCGCGCGGCCCGGCCUUGGACGAGCGUCAAGUUUCGAGUGGUCGUCGCAUUGCAGCGCGGGACGCUGGCGCCAUCGUGAGCCGCGUGCUCCGAGACACCGGACAGCCGUCUUCGUUCCCAGAUGCAUGGAUCCAGGGCUUCUUCUUCAACUCGGCCCCUCGACUGUCGUGGGGCCUCGUACAGAAAGACGGCGGACCGUGUGGGGUCAUCGCAGCCGUGCAGGCGCACAUGCUCGCGUUUGUGUGCAGGAAGAGGGGCUCCUUCCCAACCUCCAUGUCUGCGUCUGAACAAGUGGAGGCCAUGACGGACACCCUGGCACACAUUAUAUGGCAGUGUCGCAGCCCAUCGGCCUCGCACGCAGCGCUGGCGGUCCCAGCCAGCGGCUCUGCCGCAGACAAUCGCCAUGCUCAAGUGCUGGUGUCCAGUUUUUCGGUCUCCAGCCCGUCCACUCUGGGCGAACUUCGCGACGGCAUCAAGAGGUCGAUCGGACUUUUCAUGGCACCGCGUGGCUGCGGAAUUCUCGCGCUGGUAGCGAGCAUGCUGCUCACCCGAGGCAUUGAUCAGGUGCGGAGUGAGGGCCAGAACGUGUGCGAGCAGGGACGACGCCUCCGCAGCAACAGGUGCACCUCCGCGCAACACGCCCCUGUCCCGUGCGCAGGUCGUUGCUGA